AUGGAGCAGCAACCACCAUCGUCCCCCGAGUUCCGGGUGCCGACAGGUCCAGCUUCACGCCCGAAGACAUCACAGCAACAGCAACAGCAUCAGCAACCAGGCACAGGACCUGCAUCGGAUUCUGGCAGCACGCAUUCGUCCUCUUCAUUCGCAUCAAGAGUCUCUCCGUCCUCUUCUUCGAAAAGGGUCUCGACCGGCUCAACCUCAUCGACCGAUGGCUUUCGAGGCUCGCUCGCAGUACCACAUCACUCGACAACAGCACCGGCCACCGCCGCCAACACCAGCAACGGGAAGGCAGCAGUCCAGUAUUACCAAAAACCGACAGCGUCUCAAUUUCAGAACGACCAGACGCAGCAAAUGACUCAGACACAGAUCCUCGAUGGAUCUGACGAGCUUCCGGAGGACGACGUCGAGUCCCCUUUACUAUUUGGUAUUCUUGCAGGACGUGACAAUACGAUGCACCAGUCUCUGUUCAGCCACGAGGUCCCCUAUACCUUUGGAACCUCGGACGAUUGCGAUGUGAAAAUCAGUCAUGACCAUUGGCCUGACGACAAGAAGACGAAGGAACCUUGCUCGUCGGGAUUGUACAUUGACGGGAACCGGAUCGGGAAGGGCAAAACCCGUGUGCUGAGAUGGGGCAAUCAAAUCGCGGGCGGACCUAAAGGGAGCGAACUCUUCGUUUACACCUACAAAUUGCCCAAGGACGUGCGCACUGUCAUCGCCACGGAGAGGGCAAGGUACGAGCUAGAGGAUGAGGAGCUAGCACAUGGAAUGUACUCCAAGGUUUACAAGGCGAGGGAUAUGGAGCACAACGAGGUCUACGCUUGCAAGGUCACCAACCGUCUUGCCCGUGAUUACAACCCCGCCGAGCUAGCGAGUAUGGAGCAUGAGAUCGAACUCCUGAAGGACUUGAGUCAUGAAAACAUUGUCAAGCUUGUGGAUGUUUGUACCGUUGGACCCAAAACGUAUAUAUUUACAGAGCUCAUCGAAGGCGUAACUUUACACACUUACUACGCCCAGCAGCGCGAAGUCAUGACCGAAAGCGAAGCGAGAUACAUCUUCAGACAGAUAUGCGACGCAGUCAAUUAUCUACACAUGAGGAAAAUUGUGCACAGAGAUAUCAAGUCUGAGAAUGUCAUGGUGACACCAAACAACGUUGUCAAGCUGAUUGAUUUUGGUCUUGCUCGCGAAUCUUGGAAUACGGGAACGAUGCUAUACACUUUCUGCGGUACGCCCUCAUACAUGGCGCCUGAGAAUGCUGUCAACGGAAAUGAGAAGAAUGGAUACGGACCUGCUGUCGACGUGUGGGCUCUAGGGGUGCUACUCUUCAGGAUGUUGGCUGGAUGCUACCCAUUUGAUGAGAAGUCAUACGCAGAUAGGGCCGCUUCUGGAAAAUCCAAUGCAAACCCCACGGAGAACAAUGCUGGAUCCUCAGCAGCUGAAAUUGUUGUCAAGGAGGAUGAUGGAAAGGUCGAUGCAGAGCCAUUGGAGGUCGAAGGCGUUCCAAAUGAGGUGAACGAUGAGGAGACGAAUAUGGUUGGAGUAGAGCGGCUAGAAGGAAAGAUCGUGUACACCAACAGGAAACUUCCUUCGUAUCUGAUGGACUGGAAAUCUAUCGUUGACAUCCAGGCCAUAAGAAGCAAAGAAGUCAAGGAGCUGUUGAGCGGUAUGUUGGAGAUUGACCCAUCGCAACGCAUUCGCAUUCAGUAUGUCCUACAGACUGAUUGGAUAUGCAUGAUUGACGAGGAGUUGAAGAAACUUGAGGAUAAGUUAGCGGCGGAACAGUGGGCGCGCGAGUUUGAAAAUAAGCCAUUCAAAGAUGGCGAAGACAUCGAAGGGCUCUGGGGCAUGCUUACUAUCGUACCUGGAAGUAUCCCUGACGCUCCUCGACGCAUUGGUCUGCCGGAUAAAAAGGACGAAAUAUGGAUGGGACGUAGAGCUGAAAUUGUCGCAGUUUGCUUAGGAAGCGAUGCCGGGCUCAGCGGUAAGCACUGUGUCAUAAGUCGCACACCAGAUGGUGUCAUGGUUGGCGACGCCAGCACGAACGGAACCUACAUUAAUCACCAAAAGAUCGGCUUGGGCCGGGGAAUGCAGCUCAUGGACGGCGAUGUACUAGGACUAGUGGUUCCACCUGACCGGACUCGAUUUGAUGAAGGUAUGGAUAAUGAUCAUGUGCUCUACAAAACCCCGGCGGUCACCCCGGACCGAAAGGUUCGACGGCAGUAUGUUUCUGCUGGAAUCGUCGGUGGAACCUCUUCGCGGCCCAACGUCCGUAAAAUGGAGGUUCUGGAGAUUCCUGAAACUGGCGAUUGGCCGCCUGUUGACAAUACGUGGGCAACGCUCGUGCCGAUCAAUACUCACACUAGAGUCGAGAGAUUAUCCACAGCAAAGGCUAUCAUUGGACGAUAUGAAGAUUGCGAUGUUAUCCUUACUAGCAACAAAAUCAGCCGUGUUCACUGCAAGUUCGAAUGGGAUGAGGAAAAUCGUGUGGCAUAUCUGACUAAUUUGGGCCAGAACAGCGUCAAGGUCAACGACGAGUCUUUCUCUGGGCCUGUUCAACUCCGGGAAAAUGACCUGAUACACCUCUUUUCCCACUCUAGCUAUUUCUACUUUAACGCCAUCCUGACACCUGCUGGCGGUGUUCAAGAGACCUUUGGCGGGCCACACCACCUUUUUCCCUCUAUCAAACCGCCAUCGCCAAAAAUGAACUCCUACGAGGACGACGAUAUCGCCAACGAGGUUGACUUGGUCGUGAGCGCCUAUCCCGUCCAAGACGACGGUCUUGAUGAACUCUUGGCUGCUGGUAAUGUUCCACGCCCUCAGGACACCUCUUCUCAGCCCUAUGUCGAAGCAGCAACGAUCGACAAUUCGCCAAAGCUACCUUGA